AUAAAAGCGGCGUGGAUGAAAUGAGCAGAGCGCUGAGAGGACGCUGGUAAUCUGCAGUGCUUUACAGUAUCUCUUUAAAAACACUUAAAAUCUAAAUAUUUCAGGAUUUCUCGCGUCUAAAAUUACAAACGCAUGCAGACUAGAUGCACACGCAGACAGACUGACAGUUAUUUCAGUAUAAAAACUAAAUUAACACACUUGAUUUCUUACAACACUAUUGUUUUUUCUUACUGAAGCUAACAGGCUAACAGUGCUAGCACAGUGUGGGUUUAUUCAUAAUACGCUGAAAUAGUCUAUUAAACACAUAAAUACACACACAAAACGCUAACCCACAAGACUUCAGACAUCAUGGUACAUAAGUGUGUGGUUAGCGGGUGCCCAAACAGCUCGAACACUAUAAUACAUUACAUUUUGCCUGAAGAGCCGAAAAGGCGCAGUCUGUGGCUGCAGUUCAUCCAGAGCAGUAAACCUGCAGGAGAGCUCAUCCCUCAGUCCUGUCGAGUGUGUGGAGACCAUUUCUCACCAGAGAGCUUCACCCAGCUCGAUCUCGGCUUCACCACCAGAUUCAUAUUAAACAUCGACGCUGUUCCUACCGUUUAUCACAGCGACCGGGCCACAAAACAAGGAGCUGAAGCACAGGCAGCAGGUCCUGAAAAGGAGAUGGAUGAGUCCUGCAGUAUUACCAUCAGCAGCACAGUCUCUUUAUCCGGUGUGAAGGAUGAACCCUUUGAAUACGAAGUGAGCCAUGUAACGAUGCCUGUAGAAGAAACUAAAUCAGCCUCCACCAGGCGCAGUGUUAAGCAGGAGGAGAGCCAAAGCCUGUUCACUGCUGAGACAUGCUCAGAGGAAAGCAAGCAGCCCCAGGUCAAUUCGAAGGCAGAUAUGAAACGUGAAAGUAGCCGCAGUUCCCUGGGAGAAAGAUCCAAAGACAACAAGCGCUUCAGCUGCUCCACCUGUGGGCAGACCUUCCGCAACAAAUGCGUUCUUAUGGAGCAUGAAAACAACCAUAUGGAGGAGCAAACUGACAGAACGUACCGCUGUAAGCAAUGCGGGAAAGGCUUUGAACAGCUAGUCUUUCUAAAAGCUCACGAGAAGGUUCACAAGAGUGCACAGGCCAGUGUCAAACUAGAAAACCCCCCCUGUCCUCCCCGUUUUCAGUAUAAUCAUGCAUCUCAGGACAUGUAUAAAUGCCCCAUCUGCGAGGAAGUUCACAGUGAGAGAUCUGCAUUUGCUCUGCACAUUAAAAAAGCUCACGCUAGAUCUAAACUCAUGUGCAGCUUCUGUGAUAAAAGUUUUGGGCGAAUUGACGAAUUUUUCAGGCACAUCGACAGCCACAUAGUGGUGACCCCAUUCUACUGCAGCAUUUGCAAAGUGUACCAGCUCAACAAGCAAGGCUACAUGUGCCACAUGCGCAUCCACAAGAAGAAGCCGAAAGAUGAGAAUGCUCCCAGAAAAGUGGAGAGAAAAGUGAAAGAAACCGGAAACGGGACUAAAUUCAGCCAAAAGGAAGUGAAUAUGAAUGAGGGAGAAACCAAGGUGCCGAUGCAGACUGAAGAAACCUCAGAGGUAGAAGCAGAGUCAGUGGAGUCAGAGGGAACUGGAACUGUUCAAAUUGUUCCAGAAUCGAACCUCUCACUGCCAUCACCUGAGGAGCUGUCUUACACAGAUACCAGCGGUGAGACUGAAGACUCUGACGACUUUGGUGGCACAGAUGAGAGAUGACCUUUAAUCUGACUCUUAUUUAAUUGGCUCUCAUUUACCUAUAUACUGUGGAAAAUAAGUCUUUAAACUUGUACUUCUGUACACAAAGUGAAUGAUCUAUAUCCUAUAUCGUUUACGUUAAAAUGGCCUGUGAAUAGCCUCUGUUUAUCCUUUCCAAUCAAAAGGGAUGUUUUGUUACGUUUCUCUUAAUGCAUUUGCCUUUGAUUUGAUCGAGUCUUGUAGGUUGAAUAGGCUGUUAUAUGUACAGAUAAUUUCAGGAAGAGGCUCAUUUCCAUUUAUGGAUUAUAUGGACUUGCAAGUGAAUGGUGCAUUUCAUGUCCCACGAAUUUUUCCAUGUCCCUCUGUAAUUACAGAACAAGUUACAGUGUGUGUUGUUUGUAGAUUGAGAUGUUAAAUGCCCCCACAACUUUGGAUAAGGGCAUUUCCAAGACAUCCUUCAGCCAACAAUCCAUGUUCAAUUUACAUACUGGAGGCCUAUAGCCUGAAAAACUACAUUUCCUUAAUUUUUAAGAAGUUUGAUUCAGUAAACACUGACUUGCCAAUGCUUGUCAGUGUAUACUGCAUCAAACUUCUUAAAAUAAAGGAAAUGUAGUUUUUAGGUUAUAGGCCCUUCCUAUAUAGGAUAUAUAUGAUAAGCUUUUACGACCUAUAUCCUCAAUAAAAACUUAUAGGAAGUGUAAGCAGAUUGACAUCCAAAGAAGUCUUUUAAACUGAAGAUAUUGUUUGCAGAGGCCUGAAUUUCACGAUAAAUGGACCAAUAGAACUACUCCAAGAUUACCUCGCUAUAAUGUUUGCCCUUUUAGUGAAACAAGGUCUUGAUCCGAAAGUGACGAUUUGAUUGUUCCUAUUAUUUCAGAACUAGCUGUUCUUAAAAAAAAACCCGGAUUACAGGAUGCAUGUUAUUUACAAAACUGAAAUCAUGUAAUUACGUUGAUUGCUUCUAUUCCUCUAACUACUGCUGUUUGUGAAGAAGCUGUGCAACAAUUACUGUUUUUGUACAUGGAAAACUGUCUUAUAGUUGUAAAUAUUGCUUUGAGGAUUUUAUGGACAUUUUUUUAAUAGAAGAUAUAUUCUGGAAGCUUCAAUACAGUGUAAGAACACUUGGUGAGAUGCCUAUUCUGAAAACACUAUUAAAAGAUUUUUUUCCACCUCA